AUGGACCGGAACACUUCGACACUGACCGUACCUAAUGACAUGGGCACGGAUGCUAUGUCAUUGUGUCUGCUACUGGUUCCGGCGGCAAUUGGACUUGUGCGCGUCGGCGACAGGAACUGGCAGAACAUGGCCCUGGGCCAACGGGGUCUCCUCAUUGUUGGAAAUCAACGGAUGGGCCAGAGUUUACGCAAUUGGAUUCCCAUCUCAAUUGAUGUCACUGAAAGCAUUCAGGGAGCUUUGUUGACCUGCAUGGACGGUAGCUUGCGCAGGGCCCUGCGUCGCAAUGAGCGAAGACGGGAUCCAUAUGAGCGUGGUCUGGGAUAUAUGGAAAGCCAUGGAAGCUGUCCUGGAAGGAGACUUCAACUGGAAUAUUCAGCUCUCGUUAAAGGCAUUGCAGCUGCCUCUCUACCUGACCGGAAGUCGCAGCGGCUGGACGACUCAGGCACGAGCCAGAUGCUUAUCCCGGAUCGAUCUAAUCUUAUGGACUAUUACAAGUACACCUCUGCAGAAGAGCCGUACAGGUACAAGACAGCUCGCGGAGGUGAUGCAACCGCACAAGGUCAUGGAAUCGCUACCAUUACCAUGGAUCUAGGCGGAGGAAAUACCCAACGGUCCGCAUCCGCGCGUACCUUUCGGCCCGUUUCCAUUCGGAAAAGCACCCAAGCAAUAGGCAUCUAUUGGGUCAAACAAAGAUCACACGCUUCGAGAGCUUUCGAACGAUUGAAUCUGCGGAUAUACGUACAAACAGCCAGGGGGAUAAGGGCCACCCGAGACAGACAUUUCCCUGCGCUUUGGCUUUUCAUCAGCGAUGUUCUCCGACUCAGGAUCCUGAAGAUUUUGAAGUUUUCAGAGGGUGCCUACAUUCUUCUGGGCAUGUGCUUCCUCUACGGUCGUCAAAGCUUAGCAUUUGUACUUUCAGCAGUACUGACAACGAACGCCGCUCAUAUGACAGCCAUGGAACAGACAAUACCAGAAGGAGUCCAGGCAAAAAGGGAGCACUUUGUGCUGCUCAGAUGCGAGGCUACCGGGCAGGGAACGCUCUGCUUCACCCAAAGCCGAAGCACUUCGUUCCGGAGAAGGACACGAAACGAAACGCGCCGCGAAGCCAGCAGCGGAAAAAUAACUCUACACAUGUACUUUAUCGAUACGAAGCUUGAACCAUCUCAUGCCUGUCCUGCACAGUGCAAGGAGUUCUACCGUCUACGUACCGAGUCUGGCAGAUUCGAAAAACACAUCAACCUUGCCGAACAAGACAAAAGGACGAAAAAGGUCAAGGACAUCCUCACCCAGGAGGGUGAGGUGUUUGGGGCAAUGAUUCAGUAUCGUCUGUUGAAACUCUCUAUGCUGAAAACGCUAGAGAAUGGCAUGAACCCGGUUGGUGCAGGUGAGGGGGAGAUCAUUCGCACGAAAGAGGACUAUGAUGAAGCCCGGGUUGUCCUGGAAGAACUUGCUGGCACAAUUGAGCUUGCAGGCUGGAGCCCGAAAAUCGACUACAUUGAUGAAGACCUAGACCAAUACACUUUCGGAGCCAUCGGAGUUCGGCUCUGGCGUGGUCAGGCCGGAGUGCCUGUGGCCCAUUGUAGCAUUGCAAGGUACUUGGCCAAGCAGGCCUUUCUCCUCGUAUACCCCGUGGAGAAAGGCCGCGAGACGCGGAAUCCUUUCGUCCCCUCCAACUACCACGCGGAGGGGGAAAAUAUGUGCCGUAACUUCAUUAUGGUGGAGAAGGAGCUAGUCCCUGGUUGA